AUGGCCCCAAAACGUCAAGCCGCGGCAACUUCGAUGCCUCGCCGCAACCCAGCUCGCAACGCCGAAACCUCCUCUGCUCCCGAUCAGAUUCGCGUUACCAAGCCUCGAGUCCGAUCCAACACUGUCAAACCCGCUGCAGCCUCCGCCAGCAGGACUCGAACCUCCACUCGAACCCAGAGAUUGUCGUACGUUGGAAUGGACUCGUCUGACGAUGAGCUGUCGGCUGCGAUAGAGAACGAAGACUUCGAUGCUGUAUCUCCCCAGAUUUCCAAGUCGACUACACAUCGGGGCGCCCGAAUAGGAACUGCUGCUGCGCCCAGAUCCUCUCACACAGGCGCCAAUGACGACAGUGGUCCAAAGGCUACCUCCACCAGACGCAAGCCGGCUGCCUCUACCCGCGGCUCUGGCCCAAGGAAAGGGAGAAGACAAACAGCUAAGGCCUCGCCGCGCAGAACCGGCAAUCGCGACUCAUCCGACGAACAAGACGAAGGCGGAUCCGCGGACGACUUUUCUUGCGCAAAAGCUACACCGAAAGCUUCUCCAGCAAAGUCGGGUCGCAGCAAGCAUCCGCCGAAGGAUAUAGAACCCGAGACUGAUUCCACGAGUUCUGUCAUUCCCAACUGGUUGAAUCCCCAGAUUGAGCACUCGAUCUGGGUUCAAAUCUUUCAAUAUGCUGCAGUCUCUGGCGACGAGCAGGAUACCCUAGAUAUCAACUGGAUUCUUCGUACUGCUCGGGUUUGUCGACAAUUCGCAGACCCAGCUCUGACCGUUCUCUACAAGUGCCCACCUAUCCGAGAUGAGAUCAAAGCGUUCGGGCUUGUAGAGUUGCUUGAGAAGUCGCCAUCCUUGACGACUGUCAACUAUCGGGCAAGAAUCGAGGCGCUUCACAUCGAUGUGCGACUUGUGUCGCUGCAAGGGCUUACCUCUCCGCUCAAGCUGAUGCAAAACUUAUCACGACUUUCAGAAGUGCUGCUUGUUCAUGGAUACGACCAAGCCCCGUAUCGACUGCUCAAGGAAUCAAUCAAAUGGACUUACCCUCCGGAGCUUUUCCAGGCGUUUGAGGUGUCGCCAACUGCGCAUGUUGAGGCGGGAGACAAGACCACCAUAACACGGCUUCGUACAUGGCAGUGGAGCUCCAGACUCAUGGACAAGGAUUGGGAAGCCGGCCUCACGAGAAUCAAGCAGGUCCAUCAAAUGCCCAGCUUCGCCUCUCUACGCAAGGUGAAGUAUGUCAACUACCAAAUGCCGUCAAUUCGACUGGACAAAGACCCAAGCUCCAAUCCCGAGCUGCAGAUGGAAGAUGAAAGGUCCGUGGCUCUGCUUGCAGACUCCAUCUCGGCCUUGGGAAACCUCGAGGACCUGAUCUUCGAGUCUUCAACGAUAGUCGGAUCGUCUUUGUUCGCUCUUCUACCAGCAAAGUUGAAGCGUCUUGAGCUGGUCAACUGCGCAGAAGUCAUCGCCGAAGAUUUCAGCCUGUUCUUGGUCACCAAAGGACACCAACUGGAAUCGCUUGUCCUACACCACAACCGCUCGCUCAAUCUGGGCUUUCUCACGGUUCUCGGUUCUGCUUGUCCGCAUCUCAAAGAAUUACGAAUGAAUCUUCAGUACUUCAGUCUAUUGGAGACAAUUGAUGAUACUCUGCCGUCGUACGAUACAUUGUUACUCCCCGAACAGGUGCCCAGUUGGCCGGUAUCUUUGCAGUUUGUCCACUUGGAGAACCUUCGUCACUGGAGCUCCGAUGCCACCGACACAAAGGCCGCCGAAGCAUUCCUUCAGUCUUUCAUAGACAGCGCCCGUAACCUACCGGAUCUUCGACACAUUUCGAUCAAGGCAAUGCUGAACAUUUCAUGGCGGUCACGCAGCGAGUUCCGCCGAUCAUGGCAAGAAAAGUUCGAAAAUAUCUUUCUACGACGUAGCCCCGACCCAGAACCGCGCUUCAAUCUGCUACGCCGGCCGCUUCCUGUCGAGUCACCGUCUUCCCUGACUGGUACGAAGCGAAGACCGAAGAAAACGCAUACAGAACCCUCUCGUCGAAGCAAUCGUAUUGUGCCGCGUACAUCAAGCACCUCUUCCCUUGCUAGCAGUGCGUCGAAGGGGCUUCGUGGUCAACAGCGGAAGCCCCAGUCGUAUCUUGAGCCUGAUAGCGAUGAGUUUGACUCGGACGGCGACUUCGACAUGGGGGUAUCCACGCAAGGCGCGCACGAAGACGGUGCCAAUGAGAACACACAAGGCUCGGCCACAGAUGCUCCAGCAUCUGACGGGACUUUUGUUCAGGGCAUGUGCACUGUCGUCGACAUCAGCAUCGACAACCAGAAACCAAGGGAGCAUCAAUACAGCAUGGACGACUUCCUCAACGAUGAGAGGGACUUUGAGUCGGAUGGCGACUGGAACGGUGACAUGGAUUUCGAGUAG